AUGGAAAGAGGAGACACUUCCGCGAGCGGGUGGAAGACUUUCGAAAAGUCUUCGCACUGGGAUGGACAGGAGACUCCCAACCAUUUGAGCGGAGUGCCAGUGUUGGAGGGAGAGCUCCCUCUAGACUCGCAGAACGGCGAGGACGGUCUGCGAGGAGCUUCCUUCUUUCGCAGGACGCUUCGCCGCUGCGGCAAAGCUCGCAGUAAGUCUUCUUCUCGAUUACACUUCCUCGAUGGACUACGAUUGGUGGCUGCGCUAGCGUUGUUGACCUCAACCGUCAUCACCUCGGCCUCGACCGGCUGGAAAGGGUCGCAGAGUGUUUUGUAUCCUUUCCGAUCGGACUGGGGGAUCACUCUCUUCAUGACACUACUGGGCCGCGUUUUUGGGCUUCCUUGGCUCCAUCCCAUCGCCUCUUCCUCCAAUGGACAAACCCCGGCAACGGCGAAUUACCAUCAACUUGGGCAGGCCAUGCUACGUCGCAUCUUCCGGUUCCUCUUGCCCAUUGUCGUUGUCAGUGCAGUUCAGUACCGCACUUGCAGGUCAACGAACAAUCUGUAUCCUGACAACGUAGGUUUCACGGCUCUCAUUGGGGGCACGGAAAACAAACCGCAAUGGUGUGCCAUCGACAAUCAAGGUUGGGCAUCCCGAACUACUGCUCUCUUUGUGGAGAAUUCAAUGUCUUUGAAUCUGCGCCAGAGAGCCUCGCUACUCUACGCCGCUCCAUGGCUCCUGCAAGGCAGCUUCUAUGCUCUAGGUGCCACGCUUCUUUCUCAUGUCUUCAAGACCAACUUUCGAACCACGAUUUGGCUGCUGCUCGCUUUUUUCAACUGGGUAACAUAUUCAUACCUGACCCCAGUCAUGAUGGGGAUUCUGCUUGCGGAUUUCAGUGCCUCGGGCUACCUAGAGCGCAUUACUCUCCCAGGGGGUUCAAGACACUUCAAGAUGGGUCCGGUCAGCUUGACGAUUGCUUUGUUGUCGCAGCUGGGUCUACUGGGCCUCUUUAUCAUGUUGACCUUCAUCCCAAUCAUCCGGGAAAACGUCUCGGACGGCCUUGCUCAUCUCCAACUGCUUGAUGGUAGCGUCUCAAAUACCCUGACAUCUGGCUUCGAGCUGGUCCGGUUCUCGGACGUCAUCAGUGCCUUCCUUCUGCUUAUUCUAGCCGAGGUAGCGUCUCCCUUCCGCUGGACUUUGACCUUUGCGCCUAUUGCGCUGAUGGGCCGAUGGCUGGCUCCUGGCCUUGUUAUCCUCAGUCCUUUGGCCUUUUUCGGUAUUGUGCCUAACUUCUACUUGCCCUCAGCAGACUAUGUGGCAAGCUCGGCCCAUGGUGCUCUCGCCAGUGCAUGGGGGUACACUUUCGCAUGUUCGGUGGCAUUGGCCGUAGUCUUCUUGGUCCUGAUCGAUCUUCCGUCCAGACUGUUCGGCAAGGCCUUCGUCUGGGCUUUGCUUCCCACACCACAGGUCAUUGUCCAGCCACCUUCCCCGCACUCAACCGAUGCCGUCAUCGUGGCUGCUGAGAAGUGCGCUGUACAGCACACUUCCUGGCACUCCUUCUCUACCGGUCUUCUUUCCAAAUCCGGACAGUCUUUCCGCUCCCUUUACGUCAAGAUGUAGACUGUUUGAUGGCGCUUUUUCUCGUGUACCAUUUUCUAGACGUACAGCUUCUGUUCUCGGCUGUCUUCGCCAGUGUCAUCGUUUACUGUAUCUCGGUCAUCGUUUAUUGUAUCUCGGAGCCUAUCGCUGGUCUGCCGCGACUGGCUCGGUUUCAAUUCAGGCUUACCAUCUUAUCUUGAUGACUCUUCAGUGCGAUUCCGACCGACAUUGAAUCACACGCCAGUCCGAG